UGGCUACCGACUUAAUAUGCAUGGACACAUUUCGUGGCGUUCUAAGUAGAGCUCGAACAUCAUUAGGGUAUCUUCUUAGUCAAAACCUCGCUUACAUCUUGGGAAGGAGAUACUCAUUAACGCCUGCGGCUUAUAAAUAUUUAGACAUAAGAAUUGUAGUGCUUGUAUCCCAUGUGGAAAUUGCAAUUGGUGAUACUCGAGAUAACCGCAUAAUCCUACCUCAUGCAACAUGGAAGGCAUUCAUCGACAGACGCGAGGAUAUUGAGCAGCUCCUGCGGUCUGUAAUUACGCCACCAUCCCUAACCAUUCAAGGUCUGAAUGUGGAAUUUUGUAAACUGUAUAGUACAUAUAAAGUAAAAUUAUCAUUAUGCAGUAAAUUUUUGUAUAUAAUGCCAUCAACCUUGCUUUUUAUGCUUGAUCUCGAACCAGUGAUGCAGGUCGGGCCGAGUUUCUGGCGCAUGCGCGUCAAAUAUCAGUAUUGUACUUGUUACCAGUAAAUGGGAAUUCAUU